CGUGUUUAACAGUUUCAACCGUACUAGUGCUACUAAGAUGGCCACUCAGAUUCAGAUGCUGCUGCUGGACUACCUGCCCAAAACUGAAGGCCUUUUGCCCAAAUGGCAACUCAUAGUCGCCACAAUGGCUGUGUUCAACACUAUUCAGAACUUUGCGACACUGAAGCUGACCCGCAGGCUCUAUGCUCGCGUUCCGUCUGCCUCAAUAACAGCACUCCAGGCACGAACGUUUGCAGUUUGGACAUUAACAUCAGCAGUCAUACGGGGAUAUGCUGCGUACAAUAUCAACAACAAAACGAUUUAUGAUAUGGCUCUCCUCACGUACCUUAUCGCAUUUGGGCACUUCACCUCUGAGAUUUGCUUCUUCCGCACAGCUAAAAUCAAUCUACCUGUUCUGAGCCCUGUGAUUGUCUCCACUGCAUCACUGAUUUGGAUGUUGAGACAGUAUGAUUUCUAUGUCGCACCUUGAUCUGACUAUGUAUCACGAAUGCCAAGGUUCAUGUUGAUGCCACGUUUGUUCCCUUGAGGAAGCGCACGUUGCAAAUUUAAUUGUUACGCAGACCAGUGAAU